AUGGAAAAUAAUCUUCACAAAUUAAAGGAGGCAGCAACAAAUUCCCCAUUGGUACAUCCUAUGCUCUACAAACAGAUGAUUGGAUCAUUAAUGUACCUGGUCAAUACUAGACCUGAUAUCUGUUAUCCAAUAAAUGCCUUGAGUAAAUUCAUGUGUGACCCUAAGGAGAUUCAUCUUAUGGCAGUAAAACAUAUAAUGAGAUACCUUCAAGGCACUCUCAACUAUGGACUCAAGUAUGAGAAUAUUGAUUUGAAUCUUCACGGGUUCACUGAUUCAGAUUGGGAUGGAAGUGUGACUAACAGGAAAAACACCUCAGGGUACUGCUUUAGCUUGGGUUCAGCCAUGAUUUCUUGGAUUAGUAGGAAACAGUCUUUAGUAGCUCAAAGCUCUAUUGAGGCCAAAUAUAUCACAUCUUCCAUAGCUGCCCGAGAAGCUAUAUGGCUACGUAAGCUACUUGUGGGAUUAUUCGGAGAACCAAUGAAGCCUAGUAUAAUUCAUUGUGACAAUUAG